AUCAACCAUUACAUAAUUUAUUUCCUAAGGUUCUUCUUAUGAUUAUUAUAUUUUCAAACAUCAAUAAUUUCAAUGAUGCUACAAUAUUAUUAUUAAUUAAAAUUUAAUUUUAUAUAUGGUUAGAUUAAUGGGGAAAGAGAUUCUUGAUUACACAGUGGUGCCGUUGGGGUUUCUGAUAAUGGCCGUUUAUCACAUGUGGCUUCUCCGGCAGAUCUGCCGCCGUCCCGCCGCCACCAUCAUCGGAAUCAACGCCAUCAACCGCCGCAGUUGGGUUCUUACAAUGAUGGAGAUUUCGUCCACAAAUGGAAUCUUACCCAUCCAAAUUCUAAGGAACAAUAUUAUGGCUUCAACUGUAUUAGCAUCUGCGGCAAUAAUGCUCAGCGCCGCCGUUACUGUCAUGAUGAUCGGCGGUUGCGGAGGUCGCGGUGGGCGCCCAAUGCUAAUGAUUUACGGCGAAAAAAGUGAAUUGGGAUUUCUCAUAAAAUUUUUCUCAAUAUUGUUGUUUCUUUUAAUGACUUUCUUUUUUAGCAUGCAAUCGAUAAAAUAUUAUAGUCAAGCAAGCAUACUUAUUAUCGUUCCAAAUAAAAAUACAAACAUGAAUUGUGAUUGCAAAAAAAAUAUUAGAGCAGAGUACGUGUGUAGGACAGUAAAUAGAGGAAGUUAUUUUUGGUCUUUAGGGUUGAGAACAUUUUAUUUUUCAGGUCCGCUGUUUAUGUGGAUUUUCGGGCCUAUUCCGAUGUUUCUGUGUUGUGUUUCUAUGGUUAUGCUAUUGUAUUUCCUCGAUGUUAAUGUUGAUGGCGAUGCUAUGGUUUGUAAUUGUAUAUAAGACCAUCAGU